AUUUCUUUUUGGGGGGAAUGCGGGGAUCGAAACGAACGAUUUAUAGACCAGUUUCAGAGCAGUCUAGUAUGUAGAAUCGUGUUUUUCCGGCUCGACAUUGUGUGUGUGUGUGUGUGUAUGUGUGUGUGUCGUUGAGCCCCAUCGAAACACUUGGAGUGUACUAUACAUCAGUGUCCCUGCGAAGAUCGGGACGAGCAUUAAUCAGUUGGAUUCCGAGUAUACAUAUUACAUGGGAGUCAAUAACCCAAUUAGUGAUGCACGAGUUUAAUACAGUUACGGCUCUUUUGCCUCGUAAAGGAGCUUUGAACUUGAGAAAUUUACGAAAUGACAAAACCGCGCGACAGAUGUGUAAAUUCAAACUAAAAACGUGUUUCUCGGCCUUAUCCUAACGGUUCACAUACGAGAUAAUGUAUUAAGAAGCGCGAGAUCCUUUUAUUCGGGAGAAUAAAGUUGAUCCAAGGUUUCGACUAGAUUUGAAUUUGGCACAGUAUGUAAAAUCGAAUCCGACAAAACAAAGCUCACACACGCACGCGAUAACGGUCCACCCGCAUUCACGUGCACUCGCUGUAUAAAUAACACACCCGCGCUCGCUAAAAAUCCUCGUCUCUAUCCCAGUCCGACUAAUUAACGGGGCACCAGAUUGAUAAGGAUCGGCUCGAUUAGACUUAGACUCGCAUCUCUGUGCCUCUUCAAAAGAGUCCUCCCGCUCGUAUAACGGCAAUGCCAUCGAUCAUGGAAAACCGGUCGUACUGUGUUUACGAGUUUACUUCGGCUGGGAGGCUUAAAAAGCAGAGGCUCCUGCGGAGUCGAGUCAGCCGGAGCCCGCGAGGAUUCACGGUAGGCAGUGUGAGCUGUGACUCCUCCUCUAUAUAGGCUAUACGUAGACAAAUAUAUACGCAACGCUCUGCUGAGGAUCGGAUUCGAGCUGUUAUUGCAGGAUCUACAACCAUGAACCCGCAGGCGGGAAAGCUUCUGCUUUCCCUUGGCGCCCUCGUCGCUCUGUUCGCUUGCACCGCAACCGGUGAGCAACCCGGCCGAGUGGUCUGCUACUUCAGCAACUGGGCCGUCUACCGUCCGGGUAUCGGUAGGUACGCGAUCGACGAUGUGCCGGCCGAUCUCUGCACCCACUUGAUCUACUCGUUCAUCGGUGUGAGCAACGUCACCUGGGAGGUUCUGGUCCUCGACCCCGAGCUCGACGUCGACCAGAACGGUUACAGGGACUUCACUGCCCUCAAGAAGAAAUUCCCCAAUCUGAAGACCGAGGUCGCCGUCGGUGGAUGGGGCGAGGGUGGUCGCAAGUACAGCGCGCUCGUCGCCGUAAAGCAGCGUCGUGAUACCUUCAUUAAGAGCGUUGUUGAAUUCAUGAAGAAGUACGACUUUGAUGGAUUCGAUCUCGACUGGGAGUACCCUGGAGCAGCCGAUCGCGGCGGCAAGUUCUCCGACAAGGACAUGUUCUUCUACUUCGUCGAAGAGCUGAGGAGAGCCUUCAAUCGCGCGGGUCGAGGCUGGGAAAUCACGAUGGCUGUGCCACUUGCCAAGUUCCGUCUUCAGGAGGGAUACCACGUGCCGGAGCUUUGCGAAAACCUCGACGCCAUCCACGUGAUGUCCUACGACUUGCGAGGCAACUGGGCCGGCUUCGCGGACGUCCACAGUCCUCUGUACAAGCGUCCCCACGACCAGUGGGCCUACGAGAAGCUCAACGUGAACGACGGCCUUCAACUCUGGGAGGACAUGGGUUGCCCGGCCAACAAGCUCGUCGUUGGAGUGCCAUUCUACGGACGUACCUUUACUCUGAGUGCCAGUAAUAAUAACUACAAGCCGGGAACUUACAUCAACAAGGAGGCCGGCGGUGGUGCUCCUGGAAAGUACACCGGUGCCAAGGGAUUCCUCGCUUACUACGAGAUUUGCCCCGAAGUUAAUGACCCCGAGUCUGGAUGGACCAAGAAGUGGGACGAACACGGACGAGUUCCUUAUGCCUACAAGGGAACGCAGUGGGUCGGUUACGAAGACCCUGAGAGUGUGCAGAUCAAGAUGGAUUGGAUCAAGUCGAAGGGAUACGCCGGUGCCAUGUCCUGGGCCAUUGACAUGGACGACUUCCAUGGAAUCUGCGGAAGGAAGAACGACCUCACCCUCAUCCUUCACGAGAACAUGAAGAAUUACAUAGUUCCUAAGCCAGAGUACAACACCACGCCAAGACCCGAGUGGUCGAGACCGAAGAGCACGACAGCAAACCCCGCCGAGGGUUCGUACACGACGCCAUCCCGCGAAACCGAGGAGACCACUCCCAGACCAACUAGGCCCAACCGACCGACUGCCCCGACUCAGCAGACCAAGCCUAAGCCCAAACCAACUGUUCCACCUCAGCCGCCCACCGAAAUCGACGAGAGCCACAACGAGAUCAAGUGCGGAGAGCAGGACUUUAUGGCUGGAAAGGAUUGCACUUCCUACUACAGGUGCGUCUAUGGCAAACCUCUGAAGUUCCAGUGCCGCGACGGCCUGGUCUACAACCCUGAGAAGUUCAUCUGCGACUGGCCCCAGAACGUCGAUCGUCCAGAAUGCCAAUAGAUUCUUCGAUCUCAAACCUUGAGAAUAAUUCUUUUUUUUUGUCCUCGCGCGUGAAAAAAAAGAGAAGGAAGAAGAAGCGACGCGUUUAAACGACAACACGAUCUCGUCCGGCGAAAAGAUAAUCAAGUGAGACUUAUGCUUUGCUCCGAGAAAAUAUGCUCAUCAUUGCUCGACGUAUUUUCUCUGCAGCAACAAAAAGAAUGAUACGAUGAAUAGAUUUUGAUUUUAUAAUAACUGAAGAUAUAAAAGUAAGACAUUACUGUAUUUUAGUCUGAUGUAAUAACUGAUAUAUGUGUACGUGUAAUUUUGUGGUAAUAAUUGUUAAAGAGUCCUUAUAAAUUAAGUUUCACGCCCUAUUGAAUAAAUAUAUUCAUACUUUGUGAACGAAUGGUAGUUUUUAUUUCCAUUCCAUUACUAGAAUACUUGUAUAUCAGUCGUUAGUAUAAUAGAAUUGAUGUACCCAUAAUUAUUCAGAAUAAAUGUUACAAGUUACUAAAUUA